AUGGCCAUCGCCGCGAGAGCUUCGGACAGCAACACCGACGAUUCGAACCACAUCAAUCUCAGCGUCCUAAUUCCAGUCAUCAUCGUACUCGGCGUAUUCGCAUUUCUCUUUUUCGGCUGUCUUGGCCUGCCAUGGCAACAGUUCUUGGGCCGAAGGUCAGGCAAUCAGCGUCAGCGUCAGCAGGCGUACAAGCUGGAUCCCAUCAUUCAGGCGAAGCUCGCGAAUCUGGAGGCGGGUCGGCGACUCUCAUCUGCCGCGCAGCCACCGGGUCAUACCUUCGAAAUGUUACCGCUGCAUGGUAGGACACACAUUGGCGCAAACAGAUCGGCGGAAGCGAGCCGGGUGACGAUCGGCCCGGAGGCGACGCCGUGGGAUCCAACAGUGUCCGAUGCGGCGGCGGCGAGGAGGGAGGCGAGACUUUCUGCGCCGGAGGACCUACGAGCUCCGCCGCCUGCUUACACGGCUAAGUGA